AUGGGAUCAGAAGGAUGGUUGAAGCCAAGAUGGAUCAAAGCACUUGUUAUAAAUUUCAUAUAUUGUUCGUGGGAAGUCGCAUGCAUUUUCAACGCUGCCACGCUGACCACUUCUAAUGGGCACGGCAGGGAAGCCGCGCCGGCGCAGCCGGAGCCCGCGUCGGUGGCGGCGGCGAGGAAGCUGCACCUCCUCCUCCGCUCCCGCGACCUGCGCCCGGCGCUCGAGUACCUCAGCUCCCUCCCCUCGCCGCUCACCCUCCUCCCCAACCACGCCCUCAACGCCCUCCUGCGCGCGCUCGCCGCCGCCGGCCGCGUCCGCGCCGCCACCGACCUCUUCCGCCGCAUCCCCGCCCCCACCGCGCACUCCUUCAACUCCCUCCUCGCCGCCCUCCUCCGCCGCGGCCGCGGCCGCGCGGCCAACGCCGUCCUGGCCGCCUUCCUCCGCUCCCCACGGGCCACACCCGACGCCGCCACCCUCAACACCCUCCUCCACGGCCUCUCCACCGCCUCCCCGCGCCCGUCGCCUCCCGCGCUCGUCAGGCUCUUCCGCUUCCUGCCGGAGACCUACGCCUUCGCCCCCGACGCCAUCUCCUACAACUCCCUGCUCUCCGCUCUAUGCCGUGCCGGUGACCUGCACGCCGCGCGCAAGCUGUUCGACAAAAUGCGCGUCGGAGAAAAGGACUGCAAAGCUUCUGUGUCUCCCAAUGUCAUCACUUACACGACCAUGAUCAAGGCGUACUGUGUAAGGGGCCUGGCCGACGAGGCGCUCGCGGUCUUCAACAUGAUGUCUGCAGAUGGUGUGGCGCCAAACAGGAUCACCUACAACACGAUGAUCCAGGGGUUCUGCGAGGCCGGCAGGAUGGAGCUGGUGAAGGGGUUGCUGGAGACGGACUCAUUUAAGCCAGACACGUGCACAUUCAACACACUGAUGGCCGCACAUUGUGGCGAAGGGCGGGUCAAGGAGGCGAUGGAGGUGUUCGGCCAAAUGGCGGAGCUCCGCGUGAGUCGUGACUCUGCGAGCUAUAGCACGGUGAUCAGGGCAUUGUGCGACAACAGGGAGUUCGUGAAGGCUGAGGCGCUUGUGGAUGAGCUUUUGGAGAAGGAGGUGCUGACGAAACGAGGGGGUUGUGUACCGCUCAUUGCGGCAUACAACCCAGUUUUUGUGUACCUGUGUGAGAAUGGGAAGGCAAAGAAGGCAAGGGUGUUGUUUGGGCAACUGUUGGAUCGGAGGAGCAAGGUCGACUUCGCUGCAUUCAAGACAUUGAUUCUAGGGCAUUGCAAGGAAGGAGAUUUUGAAGAAGGGUACCAGCUGGUGCUCUCGAUGUUGAAGAGGGAUCUCGUGCCUGAUGAUGAAUGCUACAUUGCCAUCGUAGAGGGAUUUUCACAGAAAGGAAGGAUGAAGGUUGCGUGGGAGGCCCUACACAGGAUGCUGAAUAGUGGUCUCCGACCUAGCACUAGCACGUUCCACUCGGUUCUCUUGGGACUUCUGAAAAAGGAAGGUUGCGCAAAAGAAGCUGCAGAUUUGAUCGAGAUAAUGCUAGAGAGGAAGAUCCGCCAGAAUUUGGAUCUUUCGACCAAUACGAUUGACGCAUUGUUCAAAAGCAACCUAAACGACCGUGCUUACAAAAUCAUCACAUCUCUAUAUGACCAAGGCUAUUACAUCAAGAUGGAAAAACUAAUCGGGGACCUCUGCGAGGAAAAGAAGUUCACAGAGGCAGCCGAACUCACCUUGUUUAGCCUGCAGAAGCGUCAUGAUUUGGGUGUGUCGGUAUCCAGUACGGUUCUGGAUGGCCUUUGCGCAACUGGUAGAGCUUCAGAUGCGUUCCGGCUUUUCUACGAACUCAUUGAGAGCGGAAACAGUUCUGGUGCCGUUGAACCUCGCAGUUUGGUUGCGCUUCGUCAUGCGCUUGAUGAAGAUGGGAAAAAGAAAGAAGCUGAUUUUGUUGCUAAACAGAUGAGGCGUGCGGCUGCCAGAAUUAGGGAAAUGGUCUAAGAAUUAUCAUUUUCCCGGGAACCAAGUCAAACUCUACGAUGAUCCGUACACACUCGGCCUUGAUUGAACAGAGCAGGAUGCUGAAGCUGGACUUCCAAGCUCUCGGCUUGAUCAACUGCCUGACAAGAAAUGGGUCAUCGAGGAGUGUUUGAUGUUGUAAGAACGCAGACAGCAAAUCAGAUCAAUAUAUGUUCGUUAACCAUCCUUAGAAUGGUUUGCUUGGGUCAUUGGAUGGGCAGACUUCGAGACAGAAAGAACCCUCUGCGCCUGCGACAACAUAAGCUUGUCAAGGCCGUCUGAUCUGGUACCGUUCUUCUCGAGGGCUGCCAUGUCCACCUUCCAGAUGAAAUGGAGUGAUUGGAAACAAGACGGCAAGCUGCUCUGAAGACUUCGAAGAGCAGAUUCGCCGGAGAUCAAAGUGUGCGUCCACACCGUAAUCGCUUUGCCAAAAGGUCCAUAUGAGCUAUGGUGACUUGGAGAGUUUACAGUAAUGGCUGUCAGACACAUUUGGCACGAAAUGCAGAGGCAUUGCCAGAAAUAAAUUUAUUUAUUUUUGAAAGAAACGGCAUUGCCAGAAAUAAUGUACACAGUUGUUUGCAGUGUGCGAGUCCUCAUCCAUGGCUUUCUUUUA